UGGCGUGAUUCAGUUGAUAGGUUCAAUCAACUAGUAUCGCUAAAGGUCGUUAAAGUCUCGAGCCUCUCGAGAAAAAAAAAAUGUUGGAAAUUCUAGCAGCAGGAUUUAAAGAAGCAGGAAUAUCCAUGUUUCUUGGAUCAGCAAUUGUAGGUGCAGUGAUUGGUUGGGGUUUUAAGCGAUUUAACUUGAUCUAUUUGGCAAUACAUCAGGUUGAUAAAACAUCAAAGCGGAAUGGGGGUGAAAUUGUUGCUCAAGUAUUACAUGCACACAAUAUCAAACAAAUGUUUACCUUAGCUGGUGGUCAUAUAUCCCCAAUUUUAGCUGCUGCAGAAAAAGUUGGCAUCACAGUGGUUGAUACGAGGCAUGAGGUUUCAGCAGUUUUUGCAGCUGAUGCUGUAGCACGAAUGACAGGAACAGUAGGUACUGUUGCUGUGACAGCUGGCCCUGGAUUGACUAACACUGUCACUGCCAUAAAAAAUGCUCAAAUGGCUGAAUCACCUAUUUUAUUGUUGGGUGGGGCAGCAGCAACAAUAUUAAAAGGCCGUGGCGCCCUGCAAGAUAUUGAUCAAAUGUCAUUAUUCAGACCACUUUGUAAAUAUUGUGUUAGUGUUACAUCAGUACGGGAUAUUGCUCCAAUCCUGAGGACAGCAUUACAAAUUGCCCAGUCAGACACACCUGGUCCAGUAUUCAUAGAAAUGCCCAUCGAUGUUCUCUACUCGUACGAUCUUGUGAAACGUGAAGUUGGAGCAAAAAGUGAUGGCAAAGGCUUGGUCAACAAAAUCGUGAAUUGGUACCUAAAUAACUAUGUAGACAAUAUUUUUGCUGGCGCAUGGGAUCCAGUAGAAGUGAAACCUUUGGCAGUCAACAUCCCAAUGCCGACCAGCCAGCAAGUUUCGAAAGCCGUCCAGCUCCUAUCGAAAGCCAAACGGCCACUUAUCCUAAUGGGCAGUCAGUCUACUCUUCCACCGGUCAAAAGCGAUGAAUUAGUCAGAGCAAUUAACCGGCUAGGCAUUCCCUGCUACUUAGGAGGAAUGUCCAGAGGUCUUCUUGGAUCUAAAAGUUCCCUUCAAGCGAGACAACACAGGCGAGAUGCGCUCAAGGAAGCUGAUUUAAUCAUUUUGGCCGGCUCUGUGUGCGAUUUCCGACUUUCUUACGGGCGUGUGCUGCCACGUAAAGCUCCUAUUAUCGCCGUAAAUCGCAACAAAGAUCAAUUGCACAAAAAUUCCGACAUGUUCUGGAAGCCAGCCGUUGCCGUUCAGGCAGACGUCGGUACCUUCCUCGUCGAAUUAUCUGAAGCAGCUGACGGCCUUAAAUGGGACCCUGAAUGGGUAGCUACGCUCCAGAAACGAGAUAAAGAAAAGGAGCUUGCCACCGAAAAAUUGGCGGCUGAGGAGACUGAAACCCAUUUAAAUCCUCUUUCAGUGCUUCAUUCGCUAGAAAAAGUACUACCCGAUAACGCGAUUCUUGUCGCCGAUGGAGGAGAUUUCGUUGGAUCGGCAGCUUACAUAUUAAGACCUCGCCAACCGUUGAGCUGGCUGGAUCCUGGGGCUUUUGGCACCCUUGGUGUUGGUGGUGGAUUUGCGCUAGGAGCUAAGCUUGCCCGUCCUGACAGUGAGGUUUGGAUCGUUUGGGGUGAUGGCUCAUGCGGAUAUUCAGUUGCUGAAUUCGACACAUUCACUCGAUUUAAAUUGCCUGUUAUGGCACUCGUAGGCAAUGACGCAGCAUGGACCCAAAUCCUACGUGAACAAGUCACCAUCCUUGGCACAGAUGUGGCUUGCAAAUUGAAUCAUACGGAUUACCAUGUGGUUGCCCAAGGUUAUGGUGGUAUGGGUUACGUCUUGAAGAGGGAGAAUGCUAGUGACGUUGAACGCAUCCUGAACGAAGCGCGAGAAGAAAGUCAUCGGACGGGCAAAAGUGUUUUGAUAAACGCAUUGAUCGGGAAAACAGGAUUCCGCGACGGCAGUAUUUCUGUUUAAAUGUCCGUGACACAAAUGUAGCACGCUACUAAGUAUUCUAUAAAUAAAA